AUGAAGCCGGGAGGAGCAUCUGCUUUGAACCCUUAUGCAGCGUCUUAUAUACCACUCUCGAAAAGGGAUUCAGCUGAUGGAAUUGAAAUUCCAGGAUGGACUAUGCGGAGUGGGAAUCAAAAUGUGUGGUAUGGGUCUGCUGAUCAUAAUGCACAGAUCAUGCAAAAUGAUAAAGGGCCAAUUUGUGUUCCUGAAGUGUCUACUCCAAAGAGUCAGUCUAGGUAUGGUUUCUAUGGCUCAUCGUCACAGAAUCUGAAUGAAGUGACAGGGAAGCAGACGGUGGAUGAGGAAUUUGAAAUGUACUUGGACUAUCUUCGGAUCAAUUUUCCUGGCAUGUCAGACGAGUCCCUUACUGAUGUCUUUAUGGCUAGCAGGGGUGACUUGGAAACUGCUGUUGACAUGUUAAAUCAACUCGAGUUUGACAUUCUUGAGUCUUCUGGAAAUCUUCCUGACACCUUGGACAUUGGGGAUGUUUAUGAAUCCGGGCCUUCAGCUGAGUCGUCAUCUGUGAAACUGAAGACUGUCGUGGGUGAAGCCAGUGCCUCAUCUGGCUCCUCAGCCGUGGACACAGUAUCCUCAGGUAGUAUGCUAUGGUGUAAAGAUCAUCUUGAUGUAGAAAUGGGUUUGGGGUUUCAUGUAAAGCUUGAAUAUGAGAGGGCAGGGCGCCUAGUCAUGGAAUGGAAGAUCGACUAUGCAAGGUUUCCAAUUAAUGGAAAGCGUAUUACUGAUGCUAAACGCAGAAUUGCAGUAAACUACUCAUGUGAAGGCGUCCAUUUCCUUGAUCAAUAUCUCACAAGGGAAGUUAACUAG